AAAAAAUAUGACGCAGCCUAAACUAGGGUUUUACCAAAGAUGGAGCGAAAAGAAAAGAAAAAGAGAAAAGACUACAAAGGAAGACAAGAAUCGAGAUCAACUCCUUCCUUUCCUAUCGAUCUAACCUCAGAGAUACUUUUAAGGCUGCCUGAGAAAUCUGUUGCGAGGUUCCGUUGUGUGUCAAAACUUUGGUCAUCAAUAACGACCGAUCCAUAUUUCAUCGACUUGUUCGAAACUCGGUCCCCACGGCCAAGUCUUCUACUUUGCGUCAGAAAAGAUGACAAUAUGUUUGUUUCCUCGAUUCCUCAACAUACACAGGAAACUCUUCAUAAGAGUUCGAACAAGUCUUUCUCUUCUUCUCAGCCUAAAAGUAGUUAUCAUAUGAAAUUCCCAGAAGAUGAUGAUGGUUUCCGUCCUACGGAAUCUGUCCACGGCUUGAUCUGUUUUCAGGAAUCACUAAAACCGGUAGUGUGGAACCCUAGCAAGAAAGAGUUUCUAACCUUACCCAAGCCUAGAAAGAGCUGGAUUGAUAUAACAGUUUUCUUAGGAUAUGAUCCAACAGAAGGUAAACACAAAGUAAUGUGCAUUCCUUGUAAUAGAACUUCUGAUGUGUGUCGAGUCUUAACUUUGGGAUCACCUCAAGAAUCAUGGAGAACGGUCAAAACUAACCAAAAGCAUCGUUCUUCUUUUAAUACUACUGGGCGAUGUAUCAAGGGUGUUAUAUACUAUAAAGCCUAUAUUUAUCACACUCGUCUUUGGGUUAUAAUGAGUUUUGAUGUCAGAUCUGAAAAAUUCCAUAUGAUACCAUUUCCAUUGGAGGCUAGAAAGAAUUUGCUGCUAAAUUAUGAAGGAAGGUUAUCUUUUGUUGAUGAUACAAAUCCUAGAAGAUUGUUGAUUUUGGAGGAUGCUGAGAAAAACAAGUGGUCGAAGCAUGAAUUUCUUUCUCAUUUAAGUCGUGAUGUGAUUACUGAAAGAUCUUUGCACUUAAAAGGUUUCACCAAUGCUGGGGAGCUUGUUUAUGUAGCAUCCCUAUUUAACAACUCAUCAUAUAUUCUAUUUUGUGAUCCAGCGAGAAACAGCUUUAGAAGAUUUGAAUUUAAAGGAAUCUCAAAAGACGAAUCUUGGCUCAAUAAUGAAGGUGAAGGACUAUUUAUGUCUCCUCUCCAUAUUUUCCUAAAUCAUACCGAGAGUCAAAUUUCUUUGUAACAAUUUAUUGCUUUUUUGUUGGCUUUGUUUUUGAAUUUUUGUUAUGAUAUUGUCAUCAAGUUUUCAUAUUC